UUAGCCAUCCCUAAUUUAUCUCAGGCUUUUUCAAUUGAUCUUCAGUGCUGCAUGCACACUGGAACACCAGAUUGCUGUUCUCUGGAACUAGGGUUCUCAAGAGGUGUCAUAGCCUGACAAAUAUUCAAAUGGUGCUCAUUUUCUUCGGGAGUACUGAGCAGAAGGAAUAAAACUCUCCAUCAAGUCCCUGCUUUACCGGCAACAGAUCAGAGGAUACUGUCAGUUUCUUAAUGGAUUACUGUUAUUGGGCAGGUUCUUUCUGAAGGUCCCAAAGGCACCUGUCCAGCUCAUCUAAGAGCUAUAUGUCCCAUGAACAAUAAUGGAUUGAGAGGAGGACAACGAGGAAACAAAUGUACUGCACUCAUGCAUGUACUGGGACUUCCUGAAGUAUCUCACUGAGGCCUUGAUGUCCAUUUUCCUAGAUUACUCUUCCAGUUUCUCCAGCAAUUUCCAGAAAAGCUUGGGUCCUUGCACACUAGGAGAUGGAAUCAUAGAAAGACUGCUUGGAUGAAUAUAUCUGGAUUCAGUGAUUUGUCUUCACCUGUCAACCUUUGUCUCCAUGUUAAUCCUUCCUACAUAUGCACCUCUGGAAGAGCUGUAUGCCUUUCUUCAUAUGAGAUUCACACUGCAUCAUUUGGACAAAAUGAGGUGUUUACGAAAGCGAUCAGCAGUAUCUUUUCUAGGAGUUCUUGUCAUCUGCUUGUUGUUCAUGAACUUAUACAUUGAAGAUAGCUAUGUCUUGGAUGGAGACAAGCAGUUAGUCAGGGAAACAGCAACACAUCAAUUAAACUCAGAGCGAUAUGUUCACACUUUUAAGGAUCUAUCCAAUUUCUCAGGAUCAAUAAAUGUCUCCUAUCGCUAUCUGGCUGGCACACCUUUGCUAAGAAAAAGAUAUCUUACUAUUGGACUAUCCUCAGUCAAACGGAAAAAGGGAAAUUAUUUGCUGGAGACAAUCAAAUCCAUAUUUGAGCAAUCAAGUUAUGAAGAAUUGAAGGAAAUUGCUGUAGUGGUACACCUAGCUGAGUUUGACUCGACCUGGUGUGAUGGAAUGGUUCAAGAUAUUUCACAGAAAUUUGCUCAUCAUGUAAUUGCUGGGCGAUUGAUGGUGAUCCACACGCCAGAAGAGUAUUAUCCAGUGCUGGAUGGCCUUAAGAGAAAUUAUAAUGACCCAGAAGACCGGGUGAAAUUUCGUUCCAAGCAAAAUGUAGACUAUGCAUUUUUGCUUAACUUUUGUGCUAACCUUUCUGAUUACUACAUGAUGUUAGAAGAUGAUGUUCGAUGUGCCAAAAACUUCUUGACUGUUGUUAAGAAAGUCAUAACUUCAAGAGAAGGAACAUAUUGGGUGACAUUAGAAUUUUCCAAACUGGGCUACAUUGGGAAGUUAUAUCAUUCACAUGAUCUUCCCCGACUGGCUCAUUUUUUGCUGAUGUUCUACCAGGAAAUGCCUUGUGAUUGGCUGCUGAUACAUUUCCGUGGGCUGCUGGCUCAAAAGGAUGUGAUACGUUUUAAACCCUCUCUUUUCCAACAUAUGGGUUAUUAUUCAUCUUACAAAGGAGCUGAGAAUAAAUUAAAAGAUGAUGACUUUGAAGAGGAUUCAUUUGACCUUCCUGAUAACCCACCUGCCAUUCUUCACACCAACAUGAAUGUAUUUGAAAAUUAUGAAGCAAGCAAGGCAUACAGUAGUGUUGAUGAGUACUUCUGGGGCAAAGCACCCUCAACUGGAGAUUUCUAUGUGAUUGUCUUUGAAAAGCCUAUUAAAAUAAAUAGAAUUAAAGUUAUCACGGGGACAGAAGACCGACAGAAUGAUAUCUUGCACCAUGGGGCUCUGGAAGUUGGGGAAAAAAUGGUUGGGGGUAAAAAGGGCAGGCAAUGUACUACUUACUUGCGACUAGGGGAGUUUAAAAAUGGCAAUUUGGAAAUUACAGAUGUGGAGCACAAAGUUCUUUUUGAUAUUAACUGUAUGAGAAUACUUGUUACCAAAAGCCAAAAGGAAUGGUUGAUCAUUAGAAGCAUUAGCAUAUGGACUUUACAGCCACCAAGUCAAUAAGGUAAACCUACUGCAGCAGGUUUAUCCUUCUUUAUUAGGGAAAGAAACACUGUUGCUUGAAUCCCCAAUGGCGCCAUUCUCUAAAAUGACUGAAUUUUCUGUUGUUGUUGGGUUUUUUCCUUUGCUACAGACAUUGGCAGUCUGGGGAAUCACAAAACAAACAAAAGCAAUCUAGUUUUUACUUGUUCAGUCAGGCAAUAUACAAUGAUAAGUUUGUUGGAAUGUUUGGAUUUUAUAGGAAGUGCAAACCAGUUCUUAUCCAUCUCUCCAGUUCCAAAUCCACAUAUCUGUUGUUUUCACCAUCUCUCCUUUGGGAAGAAGAGAUGCACUAAACAAAGCAAAUGCUGUUUCAUAAUUUAAAGUUUUUGUAGGCCAAUACCAGUAUAUUGUCAAAAGAAUUUGACUCCAUCAUAUCCAUGUAUAAAUUAAAAAUGUGAUGGUGGUUUGUGUUUGUACAGUGGUUGGUGGCUUGUUUUGUUUGGAAAGCAAAUUUGAUCUGGAAGUCCUGUUAAUGCAGCCAAGUAUUCUCUACUGUGAGCACUGUAAGAAAGCUGUCUUGAUACCCAUUGCAGCUGAAAAUACAUGAUAUAAAACUGUAAUUAUCAUUUCAUAAACCUCAAUAAGUGUAUCCACUGUUCUUGUUCUCCCAGCCAACAUAUCUUCUUCUACUGAAAUUCAUUACCCUGAAAUGAUUCACUCAUCCAAUCUCAUUUGCCUUUGGGUUCAUUCCCUCAAUACUGAAGUAGCUUCUGUUAACUCUAUGGGCAGUAUACUUUCAGUUUUGCAUGUUAGCAGUGUUCUUUUUACCAUCAUGUGUGGUGCAGGUGAUAUUUAGUGAUCUUAGACGUUAUCUGCAGAAAUGUGAAUAAUUUCUGUCAUAUAAUAUGGUGACUGUAUUCCAGUUCUGGAAAUGGUUUUGUGUAUGAAACUUUAACUGUAAGGGCUACAAUUCACAGCUCUUUGAGGCUGUAAUAAUAGAGAGGAGAAGAGUAUAAUCUGAAUGUCAGUAGCAAGGCAUAAACUUCUCCAAUCAGUAUGUAAACUGGAACAUUAUCAUCCUUUGUUUUUCACUUUUCAGAAUCUGCGAUUCAUUUUCUGAAAACAAAAUAUGUAUACAUAAAAGAUUGUUAUAGGUAGCAAAAAAUGUACAAAACAGUCAUAUUAUGGAAAAUUGCUGCCAAAAUAUGUUAGGUAUGGAUGUGCACAAAAAGGUGUAUACACACCCAUAAAUAUAUGCUUUCAAACUAAUGUGGAAGUUGGAACAGAAAAAUGUUUGGAAAAUAAGGAAGAGAAUUCAUACUGAUGAUUUCAUUUAUCCCUGUGAAAUACACAUUUAGAUUUUAUUGAAGAGGGGUCUUUUCCCCUAGUGCUAGAAAAUGGCCACAUGUAUGCAUGGGGAGGGAAUGCAGUAUCAUAUGAAUUCAUCAAGCUGCAUUAUGCUUACCCAGACUAUUGAACCAACUCUUUUUCAUUUUGUUAAUUAUUACAAUCAUAUAUUAAUUAUUUUGUUAAUUAUUCUAUUUUCUCUGCAACAGAGCUCAGGAUGAUGUUUAUAGCUUCCUAGUUUUCCACCCAAGAACUGACUAUACAGCUCUGCUUAGCUUCAAGAGGUGGAUGUCUUGCCUUCAAACCCUGGCCAUCCUAAAACAUUUUUCUGUCUGGGACAAAGAACAAGAUGGUUCCGUUAACUAACUGGUCCAUGUAAAGAAGUAUCUUAUUUUGAUCUUGGUGAGGAACAGUGCUUUCCACUGGCCCUAAGAGCAAAAGGUUAGCAUAGAAGAUACCAGGCAGGCUAUAUGCCGACUAAUGUCUCAUACUUCUUCUCCAUGUUUCUAAUACAGUUCCCUGAGGCAUCACUCUCACUCAUCCUGAUAAUAGGUCAGACCUUGCUCCAUAUCAUGUGCCAGUAUUGUCUAUUCUUACCAUCACUGGCAUUCCAGGCAUCUAGACAAAGCAUUUUAAGCCCUUCAAUCAAGACCCUAGUAAAGCAGAGGCAUUAUGGAUUGAACUUGGGAUAGUCUAUGUGCAAGAUAAGUUCUAUUACUAAACUGUUAGUUUUCCCUAUAGGAUUUUCUGCCAAAGACCUGGAGCCCAUUCAGAGUACACAACUUCAGCACUUUUAUUUUGCAUUAAUUGCCGUGGUUCCAUCCUAUGGAAAUCUGGGAUUGGCACGUUAGGAAGGACAUUCAGAAUUGUCAUCCAGAGAGAAUAUCUCACUGCUACUAGUCCAAGGAUUCCUUAGGAUGCAGCAGUAGUUAAUGGAAUAAUAGGGCAUUAGUUGUCUAGUAUGAAAGGGCCCCUAGACAUUAAUCAAGUCACCUAUGUCUUAUACCUGUGACAGCGCUAUUUGCUCACACUCACUUCCAUUCACGUAAGAGGAUGCAUGCUGAGUUUUGUAUUAUUGUCAUUGUGUUAUUUCACAGAUCCAUUUUAUCUUAAUAGGGCUUACACAAGAAAUUAUCCCAUUGAUGUGUGCUCUGUGACUUUCCACCAACUGGGAGUUCUGUCAGCAGAACAGUUUAGAGCAGGCAGCAAUUUCUCCCAAAGUAUUUUUGUGAUAUUUCUGUGUGAAAUAUUUCCCUUCAUUUGCUCAGCCAUCCAUACCAAUGUUUCUUUUGUUUUGGGAUAUAUUUAGAAAUCACUUCUUCAUUCUGCCAGCAAUUGGUUUUCUUUUGCUCUUUGUUAUUGUUGUGGUUGAUUUAACCAUUAUGCGUGAACUCACUGAGAAACAGAAACAUUCUGCUUGGGGGAGGAGGCAAAAAGCCUUGCACCUACAACUGUAUCCUUAUUUCAU